GAUUGAGAGGGAAACCACACCAAUUACAACAGCAACUCCAGCACUAUCAUACAGUGGUGGUUGUGAUGGAAAUGGUCAUGGACAGCUCCUCUAUUCUGGAGAUAUAGGAAAACCAGGGCGGACAUUACAUGCUUUAUUCUCCUCUCCAUCAUGACGCCCCGGAACCUCAGCGUGGAUUUGCUUUGUUUGUUCUCAGAUGAAUAUCUGAUUGCUUAUUUCCCAUGGUGUAUCGGCGUUGACAGCAGCCUAGUCUUCUUUUAUAAUCGGUAAACAAAACAUAAGUGUAUCGUAUUGACGAGCCAGAAGGAGAGAUAUCCUCUUCUCGGAUGUUGCGACACCUGUAGCUGAGUGAGGGAGAUGUGUGUGUUCGUGAGUGUGAGAGAGAGAGAGAGAGAGAGAGAGAGAGAGAGAGAGAGAGAGAGAGAGAGAGAGAGAGAGAGAGAGAGAGAGAGAGAGAGAGAGAGAGAGAGAGAGAGAGAGAGAGAGAGAGAGAGAGAGAGAGAGAGAGAGAGAGAGAGAGAGAGAGAGAGAGAGAGAGAGAGAGAGAGAGAGAGUGUGUGCGUGUGUUUGUGGUGCUUUGAUGCAGAUGUGCAGUGUCGGUUUUAAAGUGUGUUUUAUAAGCGGGGCUUCACACUCAUCGUUCAUCCAUCAGUAAAAGAGGUGCUUUGGGAGGCGGUGUUGGUUUCCCCGGAGGAAAGCGCAAGGUAUACUACAUGAGAUCAAAGCCGUUUAGAGACGCAUUAGUUUCUAAGCCGAUCGCCGUUUGCUCGCUGGCGGCAGAGACCAUGAUGGACAGAGAGGAAUCCGUCGUGACCAGAGCUGGGAGAGUGGAGAGUCUGUGAAGCCGGCCGUGUGCAUCCGCAGGAAACUAAACACAAACCCCAUCCAUCCUGACGCCUGGACAAACGUAGGGGUACGAGGGUGACCCAUCGCUUCGCUUCAGCUGCCUUCUGUUUUAAUUUAUUUUUUCAAUAACUUUUUUUUUAAAUUUUCUUCCGUGGGGGCCAACAAUGGGGAAAGACGAAUGCAAAACCAUGCUGGACGCCCUGAACAAAGUGACCGCUUGCUACCGGCAUCUGGUCAUCGCCCUGGGCAGCACGUCGGACUCGCAGAACCUCCGUGAGGAGCUGAGGAAGACCCGCAGGAAGGCCCAGGAGCUGGCCGCGGCCAACCGGACCAAGCUGACCGCCCUGCUGAAGGACAAGACCAUCAGCAAGGACGACCGCGCCGAGUACGAGCGCCUGUGGGUGCUGUUCUCCAGCAACAUGGACCUGCUGGAGGUGGACAUGAAGAGGUCCCUGGAGAUCGGGCAGGACUUCCCGCUCAAGCUGCCCACCAGGCACCUGAUCGCCACGGGGAUGACCGGCAGCACCACUACGGUGGCCGCGCGGGCCAUGAGCGUGCAGAACAUGAAGUACGAGGCGGACAGCAACGUGGACACGGCGGACCUGAGGGAGCUCCGCACUGAGAUCACCCAGGUGAGCCAGAUGAUGGAGGAGAUGGAGAUGAAGGUGCAGGUGGCGCCGUGGGCGGUGGAGGCCAAGCAGGAGCCGGGCGCGGAGCUCAAAUCCAACAUGAGCGUGGGCAACUCCUCGGUCGGGGUGAUCUCCAUCUGCGAAGAGGAGCCCAAGGAGGACGAGGGGGGAGAGAGAGAGGCCGGCUCCGGGUCAUUCUGCGCGAUCCUCAUCUUCCUGGUGAUUCUAUUUGUUGCGGGGGUGCUGGGGUAUCUGGUCGUCAGCAUGUCCUGAUGUGUGUCAGGACUACCAACAAACAUUGGAACGAGGCUGGCCCUGGCACCGUGGCAACGUGGCACCGGUAUCAGAGCCAGAGCUUUUCCAAAGGUGCUUCCUAGAAAUUUUUUUGCGGAAACACGAUGGAAGAGGUUUAUUUUCAUGGUUGCUAUCUGAAUGUUAUUUUUCUGGGCUCUGAGGAUGGACACACACUACUAUGUUAGUUUAGAAAAAUUUAGGCGACACCAAAAUUGGAAAGGGGAUUUGACCGCGCGAAGACUUUUGGCGCUAAAUCGAAGCACGUUUUGAAAGGCGAUGUUGUAAGAGUCCACUGACGCCAAAUGAUGUGACAGCGUCGGGUUGAAGUGAAUAACGUUGCUACUGACUCCUAAUCCAAGUGGAUUAGGCCAAAAGCUCAUGCGUAAAUAUAGCCUACUGAUGCUAGUGGAGUAGUCCAUUUGAUGUCCUGAUUUCUUCCGUCGUAAAUCUAGUCAUUUCUAAGUAGGCCUACAACUAUUUCCAAACUAGAUGGCCAUUAGACAACUCAUGGCCAGGUGAUGUUGAUAAAGUCACAGUUAAUGACACAAGAUUGGAAUAUCACAAUGACUACUGCAUAGUAGACCCACUCUGUGGGACGUACAGAGAAUGUUGACCAGGACUUUGACCAUCAUGGAACUCGCCACUCGGCACCUGCUGGGGUUCAUUUGCUGGGCCUCAUAUGAACAGUAUUGAAUGUAUAGGGGCAUCACAAAGGUGAGAAUAGAUGGUUUGUAAAUACAGUUUUGUGUCAGAUAAUGUACAUAUGAUGGAGUAUAUUUAUGAUAAUAAAAUGAUGAAAAGCA